GAAAGGCUUAAGGGAUCGCAUGCAUAGACAGACAGACAGACAGACAGACAGGCAGGCAGGCAGCGACAAAACCCGGCUCAUUAAAAUCUCGUCUGCAGACCCUCCGCCGGUCGCGCGCACUACUACACUAUACUAUACGGACACUCGAGAGCGCAGAGGAUACAGCGCGCGCUAAAGGUGUGGAGGAGAGGAUGCUGCUCGGUAUGAUGGAGCCGAACACACGCCGGUAAACGGCGACAUGAAGAUCUGAACUUUGUGGAGGAUUAUCGUUCAAUCUGACCGGUAUACACAACGAAGGAACGGGAUCACAGUUUGCAUCAGUGUGUCAAGAAGAGGGGAUAUAUAGACAACAUUAUGGCGCGCGCUGACAGUCGUUUGGUCACCUGGCAGGUGCUACUGACCAUCUCAAUGAUCCUCAUCAUCAUCCCUCUGUCUGCUCACGGGAGGCAUUCACUGGCCAGGCGCCAUCAUCACCACAACCAGUCAUCUGUCAACAAGGAGGCCUUGAAUGCCAGGAUGGUGCUCAGUGAGGACUCGGCAGAGAGGGACCACCUGAUCGGAGCAGGGCUCGGGCUCGGGGCUAAACUCCCACUCAGCUCCGCCAAACAUCACCGCUCUCAUAAACAUGCACACCUAGAUGUAGUAGAGGAGGACCUACCUGUGGGGGAGGAGCUCACCGCUGGCGGGGCGGGUCCAGACCAGCCUGGGAACCCCAUGUCCGACGACGUCAUCACCGUGGAGUUUCACAGCCCUGCGCCGGAUGUUGUGCCCUCUGAUGCUGCUCUGAAUUGGGCAAAAGCCCCCAAAGCCCAGAAGCAAAAAGCGGGAGAACCCACUGCAUGGACGCUUUCUGACUUUUACGACUACCUGUCCCCUGAUGAUGACCUUUCGGCGGUAGAUGCGACCGCAGAACCCGAGCCCACGCCUUCACCCCCGCCUGAAAUGGAGGACGAGAAUCCGCUCCUGGCUGGUUCUCCUGCUCCUCCUGACACCGUGAGGCUUAACGUGGAUAGCGGGCCCUCCUUACCAGCUACUCCCAUGCCAGGGCCGGACAAGGGUGAUGGGUUAGGCUUAGGUGGCGCCAUGGGGGCCGACGGCUGCAGGCUGGGCUUUGUGCGCUCUGGACCUGGGGUCUGUGUGUCUCAGUGUGACAUCGAACCCAAUUUCUGCUUUAAUGGAGGCGUGUGCACCGUAGUGGCGGGAAUGGGAGCCUUCUGCAGGUGCAAUGUGCAGGACUACAUCUGGAACAAAGGCACGCGCUGUGAUUGGGCCGUCACAGAGUUCCAGGUGUUGUGUGCGGUGGUGGGCGUGUCCUCCGUGGUGCUCAUCCUCCUCUUCAUGAUUAUCGUAUUCUUUGCCAAGAGGCUGCACCGCCUCAAGAAUGAGAACAAGCGCCUCCGCAAACGCAGGUGCGUGGCUGUGACCGGGAGUAAGUAUCGCCCACAGAGCAGCGAGCCACAGACGGACGGCCUCUCUGUUUCCACAACAGCUGAUGGCUCGCAGCCAAACGUAAGGAAACUGUGCGACACCCCUCCGAUCGCUCCCCAAGCUCACACUCAAAACCUGGCGUAUUAUGACAACAUUAUCUGUCAGGAUGAUCCUCAGAAGCAGGAGGACCCAGCAAAGACCCCACAAGCCAGGGAAGAGGGGUCAAUGAACAUCCUCAACUCUCACUCCCCCAAACACGAGAACAACCGUCCGACCUCUGUGGUCCACGACCAGGACCACACCCCUAACAACACGGAGGAAAACGCCGAGGAUGGAGUCACUAUUGGCCUGGAAGUGCUUCUCCCCAAAGAGGCUAAGCUCCACUCAGAGACCGACCCGCCCCUUCAGUAUGACGUCUUCCUCUACAAGGUUGCCAACAAUGGAGACUCCGCAUCUCCCGGCCAAGCCCCUCCCACUCACAGCGCCAACUCUUACUCCUCCUCUCACCCCAUGCCUAAAUCACCCAAAACGCCCAAAACGCCCAAGUCGCUCAAGGUGCCUAAGUCACCCAAAUCACCCAAAUCACCCAAAUCACCCAAACACACCAAGGAACACCCACCCAGUAACCCCUCACCCUUGUCUGGGAGGCACUCCUCGCCUUGCCGUCACCCGUCACCCGAUCGCCACCCAUCACCCAGUCGUCACUCUGCACCAGGUUGCUAUUCUUCCCCCACCUGCCAUCCGUCCUCCCAUCACUCUCCCUCCCGGUACAAAUGCAAACCCGCCUCCUCCAGCCCGCCUCACUUACGCAGGCCCAGAGGUCGGUCGCAAGCUCCCGGCUCAGAGCGCUCUGGGACUGAGACUGGGAGAGAGUACCAGAGUGGACACCUUCGUCCAUCCCCUUCCUCCCCUCACCUCACCGAGCCUCCUCCAUCACCAUCCAGGGUGAAGUGCAGCCCGGUCAGCACCCGAUCCUUGCCACCACUCUCCUGACCUGGCCUCCACUCAGCCUGGCAUGCACGCCGCACAAACAUCUGUCAUAAUCUAAUCUACCCAGCGAUAUGUCCAUCAUGGCUCUAACAUUUUUUUAGUAGUGAUUUAUAGAUUAUCUAUCAUCCAUCUCUGCACCCUGCCUCCUCACAUUUAUACCCAGAGGAGGAGCAUGUCACCUGGACUAGAACUGGGACAACUCUGCAUACACUCUCUCAAACUCAGACAUGUGGUGCCCUAAAAUACACAUAUACAACACCGCGUAGUUGCUGCAGCCAACCGUUCACACCUUCAUGUAAAUAACCUCUCAAAGCUCAGGUUACUGCUCACACAAGCACAAAAUGAACCACUACAUGUGAAUAUGCUCUCCUAGCAUGGUGCCAACGUCAGCGACUGCUGAGGAUAUUAUUCAUUAAGGUUUCAUUGAGGUUUACUACAUUAGCAUUAGUAUUAUCAAUGGUUUAUAUAAAUCUUUUUUGCUAUUCAGUGUGUAAGAUUAUGUCAUAUUUUCACAGGCUUUUUGGUAUGUUUUUCAUGUUUCUAA